UUGCCAUAUCCCUUCUCCUUCCUCUCUGCCCCGUUUAACCCACCUGUGGUUCUAAAUCGUGGGUUCUCACGAUUGUUGCAGAGAACUGGAGAAAGGGUUCCACCCUUCUUUUAUUUUCUUUGUCAGCUUAUAGACAACAAGAUAGUUGAUUUUCCAAACUAUGAAGUAUAAUAAAGAAGCAAAACCGGGUGCGCCGGACAAAGGCUCCAGAGUUCUUCAAUUGUCAGUACUGUUUUUCGUGCUAUGCGGGUUCUCAUUCUAUCUUGGUGGAAUCUUCUGCUCUGAGAAGAACAGAUUUGAGGCUAAUGAUGUCAAACAGAUCGCAGUUCAAUCUGCUAAGGAGUCACUGGUGGCCCCUCUCCAGAUAAAAGCUGCGUCCUUCCCUGAAUGCAGUGCCGACUAUCAAGACUACACUCCUUGCACAGAUCCAAGGAGAUGGAGGAAGUAUGGCGUUCAUCGUCUUACCUUCAUGGAACGCCACUGCCCUCCAGUAUUUGAAAGGAAUGAAUGCCUUGUUCCACCUCCAGAUGGAUACAAGUCUCCAAUCAAGUGGCCAAAUAGCCGGGAUAAAUGUUGGUACAGGAAUGUGCCAUAUGACUGGAUUAACAAGCAGAAAUCUAAUCAGAAUUGGCUGAGAAAGGAAGGAGACAAGUUUCUUUUUCCUGGUGGGGGAACCAUGUUUCCUAAAGGCGUUUCUGCAUAUGUUGAUUUGAUGCAAGAUCUUAUUCCAGAAAUGAAAGACGGCACUAUUCGAACUGCGAUCGACACUGGUUGUGGGGUUGCAAGUUGGGGAGGCGAUUUGCUAGAUCGUGGGAUUUUAACUGUUUCUCUUGCACCAAGAGAUAAUCAUGAAGCUCAAGUUCAGUUUGCAUUGGAACGUGGAAUUCCAGCAGUCCUUGGCAUCAUUUCCACUCAGAGGCUUCCUUUCCCCUCAAAGUCAUUUGAUAUGGCUCACUGUUCUAGAUGCCUUAUCCCAUGGACGGAAUUUGGUGGGAUUUACCUGCUAGAAGUUCAUCGCAUACUUCGUCCUGGAGGUUUCUGGGUCCUCUCUGGUCCGCCUGUCAACUAUGAAAACCGCUGGCGUGGAUGGAACACAACUAUAGAAGAUCAGAAAACAGAUUACGAGAAGUUGCAAGAUCUGCUAACUUCAUUGUGCUUCAAAUUGUACAACAAGAAGGAUGACAUUGCUGUUUGGCAGAAGUUGUCAGAUAAUAGUUGCUACGAUAAGCUCUCUGAACCAGAUACCUAUCCUGGAAAGUGUGAUGAUAGCCUUGAACCAGAUUCAGCAUGGUACACUCCAUUGCGCUCUUGUGUUGUUGUUCCAAACCCAAAGCACAAAAGGUCGUCUUUGGACAGCAUUCCUAAAUGGCCAGAGCGGUUGCAUGUUGCACCAGAACGUAUUUCUGAUGUUCAUGGUGGGAGUGCUAGUGCUCUGAAACAUGAUGAUGGCAAGUGGAAAAAACGAUUGCAGCACUACAAGAAGUUGCUUCCAGCACUUGGGACAGAUAAGAUCAGAAAUGUUAUGGACAUGAACACUGUGUAUGGAGGGCUUGCAGCAGCCUCAAUUGAUGAUCCCUUGUGGGUCAUGAAUGUGGUCUCUUCCUAUGCUGCAAAUACACUGCCUGUGGUCUAUGAUCGGGGCCUUAUUGGAACUUACCAUGACUGGUGCGAAGCUUUCUCUACAUAUCCUCGCACUUAUGAUCUUCUCCAUCUUGAUGGCCUCUUUACUUCAGAAAGCCACAGAUGCGAAAUGAAAUAUGUGCUCCUAGAGAUGGACCGCAUCCUGCGCCCCAAUGGCUAUGCAAUAGUUAGGGAAUCGAGCUACUUUGUGGAUGCUGUCGCAACUAUUGCUAAGGGGAUGAGAUGGGGAUGUCGGAAGGAAGAUACCGAGUAUGGUAUUGAGAAGGAGAAAAUAUUGAUCUGCCAGAAAAAGCUCUGGUACUCAUCUAACCAGAGUUCUAGAUGAUGAACAUAGGAACCCAACAACCAAGUCAGUCUCUUGGAGGGUCGCCGGAUAUAGGGAUAGAAGAAGCGGAAGAAGCAAGUUCAAUACCAUUCACAUUCACAGAUAAAAAUUACUUCAUUCUAUAAGAAGCCAUGGAUACUCGAUUAAAGUCUCGGUACCCAAAUAAGCUGGUUAAUUGACAUACAGGGCUCUUCGUAUAGAUAUAUUCUUUUAUAAGGUGUCGACAUGUACUCGGUAUAAUGUUUUUUUUUAGCAUCCCUCUCAUUUUCUGGCCAUUUGUUUCUUUGUCAUGUCUGAGCUGUAUCUAAUGACAUCUUGAUGAUUUGAAAAUAUGCAAGGGGUUUGGAAAGGUUGAUCCUGACA